AGAACAACCAGCUAUCACGAAUUCGAUCAAGAUCGAUCCAUCGAUCUGCACAACAAUGGCAUUGCCUGCUGAGUACAGCAGCGAGGAGCUAUUCAAGGCUCAGCUUCAGCUCUGGCACCAGGCCCUCUGCUUCUUCAAGCCUGUGGCGCUCUCGGUUGUGUUAGACCUCCGCAUCCCGGAUGCCAUCCAUCGCCUUGGUGGUGCCGCCACCCUUCCCCAGAUAAUGGCAGAGGCUGGGAUCAACCUCUGUAAGCUCCGCGACCUGCGCCGCAUCAUGCGCGUGCUCAUUCUCUCUGGCAUCUUCAGCGUCAAGCAGGUAGCAACAACGGUGGCGUCAGACGGAGAAGGUCCGAUCUACAAAUUAACGACGGCGUCCAGCCUCCUCGUCAGCGACGAGAGCUUGACCAGCCAGCAGCAGCUGCUGCGUCCUUUUCUGUACCCGCAGCUCAUGCUCACACCUUGCCGAGAAUGCCCCGUGAGCAGGGGCCUACACGCGUGGUUCCGGCAGGAUCAGCCGCAGCCGGCGGGUCUGUCCCCGUUCGCCCUGGCGUACAGCGGCCUGACGAUCUGGGAAAGAGCAGAACGCGACGCCACCACCACGUUUCCGUUCGACGACGCCAUGGCCUCCGACACAGCCUUUCUCAUGCCAAUCGUCCUCAAGGACUGUGGCGAGGUCUUCCAUGGGCUAACCUCGCUUGUCGAUGUUGCCGGCGGGCUCGGCGGGGCCGCUGCCACCAUAAAGGCGGCAUUCCCGGAUAUGAAGUGCACCGUGCUGGAUCGCCCAGAGGUUGUCGCCAAAGCUCCCACUGACAACGGCGUGCAGUACGUUGUUGGUGAUAUUUUUCAAAGUAUUCCACCGGCGAACGCUGUGUUCCUCAAGUGGAUUCUUCACGACUGGAAUGAUGAUGAGUGUGUCAAGAUAUUGAAGAACUGCAAAAAAGCAAUACCUCCACGAGAUGCGGGAGGGAAGAUAAUAAUAAUAGAUAUGGUGGUUGGAUCUGAGCCGUCAGACAUCAAACACUUAGAGACACAGGUUUUGCAUGACAUCAUCAUGAUGAAUUUGAAUGGAAUCGAGCGAGAUGAGCAAGAGUGGAAGAAGAUUUUCUUCGAGGCUGGAUUCAAGGACUACAAAAUUAUACAACUUCUCGGUGUUCGUUCUAUUAUCGAGCUCUAUCCUUGAAAGCUCGGUAAAGCCAUCCAAAACAAUAAGAGCAUCGGAACAUGCAUCAGUUGUUGUCAACUGUUAUUUCCUAUAUAGAUAAAGUAAAAUAGAAUAAGUGGAUCUCCUAUAGAUAUGGAGGCAUCCGGUCAGACCUUCUUGGACCUAAGUCCUAUAUUAUAUUAUAGACAGAAUUUUGCAUACGUAUAGUGCUGCCUCAAAGUGUAAACUGGCGAAAGACAAAAUGAGUUUAUCUUUUGUUAUAUUGUACUUGAUAGUAAUAUUAUAAAUUUUGCAUGCUCA